GCAAGUAGUGUUGCCAGAAUUAGCGGAAAACAGGAAUUACGCGUGAAAAAUACCAAUGAAAAUCAAGUGAAAAAAUUUUUAAAACUUAGCUGUACGGUGCAUUUAAGUGCAAAGACCAAAAUAGAAAAAAUUGAAAUCAACAGAAGAAAAACUCGGAGAACUCGAUUCAUCAUCUAUAAUAUUAAUAAAAAAAUAAAAAAAAAUAAAAACAAAUCAUCAUCCUACAUCAACAACAAUUUGAGGGAAGCUACUCCUACAACAUCGCGGGACAGCUGGCAAACAGAGAAGAGAAGCUAUACGGCGACGGAGACGACGACACAACUACAACAAAUGGGAACCAAUUCGGGAGCCACUGCUGGCAUCAACAAUAAGCCGGUUGGCGGUGCCAAUUCUGGAAUUGGCGGUGUCCUAUCCAACAGUUUAUUAGGCGGUGGCGGUGUCGGCAGCGGCGGUCUGAGCAUCAGCGGCCUAAACGCUGGCGGACAGAACGCCAAUGUUGGCGGCCUUGUGGGCGGCGGCGGCAACAAUGGCAGCGACGACGGUAAUGGUAUGCCCGGUGUCGGCGGCGGUCCAAAUAAUCAGCAGGCCACUACGCCCCAAUACACAAUACCCGGAAUCUUGCAUUUUAUUCAACACGAAUGGUCGCGCUUUGAACUAGAGCGCUCACAGUGGGAUGUAGAUAGGGCUGAAUUGCAGGCUCGCAUUGCCAUGCUGUUGGGCGAGCGCAAGUGCCUGGAGAGUCUCAAAUCGGAUCUGACGCGGCGGAUCAAGAUGCUGGAAUAUGCCCUGCGUCAGGAGCGAUCGAAAACUUAUCGAUUAAAAUAUGGAACCGAUCCGCCGCAAUUAAACGAGUUCAAGCCAUCGAAUGACGAUGUCGGCUUAGCCGGCGAUGUGGCUACCGAUUCGGAAGUGCCCUACAGCUCGGUGUCAAAUACCACGUGGCGUCAGGGCAGGCAAAUGCUACGGCAAUAUUUGGCGGAAAUCGGUUACACAGACAACAUUAUCGAUGUGCGAUCAAAUCGGGUGCGUUCUAUUCUUGGCCUAAACAAUAACGCCGAACACGAUGGCGGCGGCGGUGGUGUUGGUCUUGGCACUGGCGGUGGAGAGAAUCUCAGUCCGAAUAUCAAUGGGAACGAGAGCAAUAAACGGGCAUCUGAAUCUGAAGGCCGUCAUACUCCCGCUAAAAAAGUGCAACAAUCGAACGAUGCCAUUAUUCUGGACACGGAGGCGGCGGUUAUGGCGAACUUUGAGUUCCUUGGCACCACAGAGAUGUCCGAUGAUGAUGAAAUAUCCGAUGAUCUGGAAAUGGUGGCCACCGACAAUGAUGACACAGACGUUAAACUGGAUCAAAAGCGGCCGAAGUCUGGCAAAGAAAUGCUGACAGAAGAAGUGGACGGCUCAUUAGGAUUGGGUGAAUUGGCCCAGCUGACGGUUAACAAUGAUUCGGAUGGUUCAUAUGAUGCAAAUUCCAAGGACGGAACUGGCGGCAGUGCUGGCGGUGCUGGUUACCGCAAAACUUGGAAUGCCAAGUAUACACUACGCUCCCAUUUCGAUGGUGUACGCUCGCUGAUUUUCCAUCCGGAGGAGCCGGUUCUAAUUACCGCUUCCGAGGAUCACACGCUCAAGCUGUGGAAUCUACAGAAGACCGUGCAAGCCAAAAAGUCCGCUAGUCUCGAUGUGGAGCCGCUGUAUACGUUCCGUGCCCACACUGGUCCCGUGCUAUGUUUGGGAAUGUCCACCAACGGUGAGACAUGCUAUUCCGGCGGCCUGGACGGCAACAUUGAGUGCUGGCAACUGCCAUCGCCGAACAUUGAUCCAUACGACUGCUACGAUCCGAGCGUUCAUUCCGCCACACUGGAGGGUCACACGGAUGCCGUAUGGGGCUUGACCACCAUGCAGAACAACAUUGUCUCGUGUUCGGCCGAUGGCACAGUGAAGCUGUGGUCCCCAUACAACAAGGAGCCACUAUUGCGCACCUACACGGCUGCCGAGGCAGAGGGCGGGCCCUCAUCUGUUGACUUUGUGCGCAACGAGGUGGAUCACAUCGUGGUGGCCUACAACAGUGCGCACUGCAUCAUCUACGACACUGAAACGGGCAAGCAGGUGAUAAAGCUGGAGGCUGCGCAGGAGAUGUCCGGCAACACGGGGAAGUUCAUCAACAAGGUCGUCUCGCAUCCUACACUGCCCAUCACGAUCACGGCGCACGAGGAUCGGCAUAUACGCUUCUGGGACAACACAUCGGGCACUCUGGUCCAUUCGAUGGUGGCGCACUUGGAGCCCGUCACAUCGUUGGCGGUCGAUGCACAUGGCCUGUACUUGCUGUCCGGCUCACACGACUGCUCCAUACGGCUGUGGAAUUUGGACAAUAAGACCUGCGUGCAGGAAAUAACGGCGCAUCGCAAGAAGUUCGAUGAGAGCAUAUUCGAUGUGGCCUUCCAUGCCACCAAGCCGUAUAUAGCUAGUGCUGGAGCUGAUGGUUUGGCCAAGGUGUUUGUCUAAGAUUCAUCAGCAGCCGCAUCAGCGAUUACGAGUUCAAGUUAAAUAAAUAUACAUACAUAUAUUAUAUAUAUACAUACAUAUAUAUAUAUAAUACACACACACACACACACACCAAUAACAAACAA